AUGGUGUUCGUCCCUUGCAAGCAAGCCGCGGUUUUGAUGUUUGGGGUGGCUUCUUUGGCCCUAUCCGCCGCCAUCAACCAUGAUGCUGUCCAAAAUCGGGAUGGGAAGGUCGCUGAGCCGGUACAAUUUUCUCCCGACUGUAGCCUCUUCUACCGAAUCCAAAUCGGUGAUACGUGUUGGGACAUUAUAACUCGCAACGAAAAUACCUUUACCAUCAAGCAACUCAUGUGCUGGAACCCCGAUAUCAACCCCAACUGCUCGAACUUGAUCCCCGGUCGGGAUAUCUGCGUUGGGGUUAUCAAUCCUUUGUAUUGUUAA